UUAAUAAUUAAAUUCAACUUGGGCAAUGAUCUUAACUAGUCAUGGAUGGUGACCUGAAAUACGGUAUAUGCCCAGUAUGCGGCAAAAAUGCUACGUUGAAGUGCGGCAGUUGCAGACGCGAGUUUUACUGCGACAAGUCGCACCAGUCUCAAGAUUGGCCGCGUCACAGGUCCAUGUGCAGCGGCUGGGAAAUAGGUCGCGAUUCUGUACUCGGACGGCACUUGUUGGCCACUAGAGAUCUAGCACCGGGAGACGUGAUCCUUGCGGAGACGCCUUUGGUCUGGGGACCAUCGAUUCACACGAAUCAACGGGUCUGUGUUGGAUGUAGCGAACGAUGCGACAAUGUCGAUGCGAGAUGCAGUGAAUGUUGUUGGCCGGUGUGCAGGUCCGAUUGCGAGGGGUUGUCAGAUAAGAAGAGGCAUCAGCUGGAAUGCGCUCUCCUUGCGCGAGCUAGAAUUGUUCCUAGAUGCGAGGUACUUCUGAUAAUUCGUCUACUGAUAUUGUGGCGCAUGAAAUCGCGCCGAUGGACGUCUUUGGCUAAUCUGCAAAAUCACGUGGAGUCGCGAGGACCCGGCACGGAAGCUCACGAUGAAGUGUCGAAUGUGAGUCAGCGUUUGGGGUCACUUUUGUUGAUGGCAUCCGAUUGUAAGAAUGUUCUACCGAUGAUUUGUGGCCUGAUUGAUGUAAAUGCGUUAGAAACUGCACCGCCAGAAGGCUCGGUGGCAAUUUACGAACAUGCAUCUCUUCUGGAGCAUUCCUGUAUCGCGAACACGCGACACAGCUUUCGCAUCGAUGACAAAGGCAGGCCGCGAAUUAUGGUAUACGCGGUCACAUCCAUUAAAAAAGGACAACAUUUGAGCACCAUGUACACGCAUGCGCUUUGGUCUACUAGAGCUAGGCGGGAACAUCUCCUUACCACAAAAUACUUCGCUUGCCGAUGCAAACGUUGCGCUGAUCCCAUAGAAUUGGGCACGCAUUUAGGCACCCUUAAUUGUCCUUGUAAAAACGGACUCAUGUUGCCAAACGAUCCUUUAAAUCCAAAUACCAACUGGUCUUGUGACGCGUGUCCAGGAACAAUAACAUCUGCGGAGGUUGCAGAGCUGAUCGACAGACUGGAGGAAGAGGUUGUAGAAGUCAUGAAGCAGGCAACUGAAUAUACUCUAUCCGAACUUCUUUCACGGCUUACGGUGUUGCUGCAUCCCGGCCAUCAGCAUUGCAUAUCCGUGAGUCACUCUCUGAUACAGCUAUUGCCGGCAACCGAUCCACGAAAGUCGGAAUUGUGUAAACGCAUCAUGGACACGGUAAGCCGAUUGGAUCCAUACGGCGCUCGUCUAGCGCUUUACACGGCGGUCACCCUGCGAGAACUCGCAAUGUGUCCUGGUGAGGAUAAGCAAGUUCAUCUCGCUAAAGCAGCCUUAUUGCUGAAGGCGGAACCACCGAAUUCACCCGGAGAAAGGCUCCGCAGACUCAUCGAAGUGGAACUCUGAUCUUAACUCGUUGCAGCAUAGCAAAAUGAUCUGCGCUCCCGCGAGAUUGGUUGGCAAGUAAACUUAAUAGCGAGAUAAAAUUAUCAUAUGCGAAAAUAACAAAAAAAAAAGUUUAUCGAGCGAAAUCUGUUUUAAAUGGUCAUCGUUUGUACUUAUUUAAAUAAAAUUUUAGAA